AGAGGCGGCACUCUGGACAAGGCUGGCCCCAGCUGCUUUGCCACACCUCCUUCCCCUCCCUUCCCCCCUGCCCUUCCAACCCCUGUCCUUGUCACUCACCGGCUAGGCUGGGGCAACUAUGGUAGCAGCCGCAACUUGGAUUCCUCUCCUUGCAGGUCUCCUGGCAGGCCUGAGGGACAGCAAGGCCCAGCAGACAACUUUACACCCACUUGUGGGUCGUGUGUUUGUGCAUCCUUUGGAACAUGCUACCUUCCUGCGCCUUCCAGAACACAUUGCGGUGCCACCCACUGUCCGACUCACCUACCAUGCUCACCUCCAGGGACAUCCAGACCUGCCCAGGUGGCUGCACUACACACAACGCAGUCCCUAUAACCCUGGCUUCCUCUAUGGCACUCCCACUCCGGAAGAUCGUGGGCACCAAGUCAUUGAGGUCACAGCCUACAAUCGUGACAGCUUUGACACCACUAGACAGAGGCUGCUGCUGCUGAUUGGGGACCCCGAAGGUCCCAGGUUACCAUACCAAGCUGAAUUCCUGGUGCGUAGCCAUGAUGUGGAGGAGGUCCUGCCCUCCACACCUGCCAACCGCUUCCUCACCGCCUUGGGGGGACUCUGGGAGCCAGGGGAGCUCCAGUUGCUCAACAUCACCUCUGCCUUGGACCGAGGAGGCCGAGUCCCUCUUCCUAUUGAGGGCCGGAAGGAAGGGGUUUACAUUAAGGUGGGCUCUGCCACACCCUUUUCCACCUGCCUGAAGAUGGUGGCAUCACCUGACAGCUAUGCCCGUUGUGCCCAGGGACAGCCUCCACUAUUGUCCUGCUAUGACACCUUGGCACCUCACUUCCGUGUCGACUGGUGCAAUGUAUCUCUGGUGGACAAGUCAGUGCCAGAGCCCCUGGAUGAGGUGCCUACUCCUGGCGAUGGGAUCUUGGAGCACGACCCAUUCUUCUGCCCGCCCACUGAGGCCACGGGCCGAGACUUCCUAACAGAUGCCUUGGUGACCCUCUUAGUGCCCGUGCUGGUGGCUCUGCUGCUCACCCUGUUGCUGGUUUACAUUAUGUGCUGUCGGCGUGAAGGACGGCUGAAGAGAGACAUGGCCACCUCUGACAUCCAGAUGUUUCACCACUGCUCCAUCCACGGGAAUACGGAAGAGCUUCGGCAGAUGGCAGCCAGCCGCGAGGUGCCCCGGCCUCUAUCCACCUUGCCCAUGUUCAACGUGCGUACAGGAGAGCGGUUACCUCCCCGAGUAGACAGCGCACAGAUGCCCCUCAUCCUGGACCAGCACUGAGAGCCCUGCCAGGGGAUGCCAACUUGCCCUUUGGACUCUUCCAAUGUUGCUGUACUCAACUCACUGGAUCUGGUCAUGGUGUUUGACUGGUUCAUUGGUUACACUUUCUAGACCAAGAAACUGAAGUCUAUGGAGAGAGAAAGUGAGCAAGCCCUGUGGAGAUGAGGACUUUGAGAAGUAGAGAACCAAGGUCCUUACCUAGAGCUCUGGUUGACACCUGCCACAGUUCCCUGCAGGAACUUCCAUUGCACGCUGUGUUUGGUGAGAGGCUGAUCUUAGUAGGGAGCUGUUGGGAGGUGGCCCUGGCCAGCUAUCCUAGGUGGCAGAGGUCUGCCAUUCUAGAAUGUUCCCUGAGCUAAGUGUUGCCACAGUGUGGCUUCUCCCCAAUGAGCUCUGGGAUGCUUGGCCGGCUGUGCAGGGGCCUGGGAUUGUUUGCCCAGGUUGUUACAUCUGGAGCAGGCCAGCUCUGCUUCACCAUCUGUCAUCUGCCCUGUGAUGGGUCUCAUGGGAUACCACUUUCUUGGGAGGAUAGGCUGAGGCUAAGCCCGAAAGGCGACUGUCUUAGUCAGGGUUUCUAUUCCUGCACAAACAUUACCAGGAAGCAAGUUGGGGAGGAAAGGGUUUAUUCAGCUUACACUUCCACAUUGCUGUUCAUCACCAAAGGAAGUCAGGACUGGAACUCACACAGGGCAGGAACCUGGAGGCAGGAGCUGAUGCAGAGGCCGUGGAGGGAUGGAUGCUGCUUACUGAAUUGCUUCCCCUGGCUUUCUCAGCUUUCUUUCUUAUAGAACCCAGGACUACCAGCCCAGGAUGGCACCACCACCACCCACAAUGGACCCUCUCCCCCUUGAUCACUAGUUGAGAAAAUGCCUUACAAUUGGGUCUCAUGGAGGCAUUUCCUCAAGGGAGGCUCCUUUCUCUGGGAUAACUCCAGCUUGUAUCAAGUUGACAUAAGACCAGACAGUACAGGGAACCUGGUAGAGAGUCACAACAAAGGAACAAGGACACAUGGCCCAGCCCACCUCUUCUAAGAGAAUGCACAGGAGUGUGUCACCCUACAACAUGGCCCCUCUUUAAGGCUUCUUUCCUAGGAGCUUCUGGUUCUUCAGCUCCCCAUUUUCUGUUUCUUUUCUUUGAACAGGGUUUCCCUAACCUAGCCAUCCUGGAACUCACUGUGUAGACCAGACUGGCCUUAAACUCCCCUAGAUUUUCACAACUUGCUUCACUUGUGGUCUCUCCUCUAAAACAGAUUCCCAGAUUGACUCUCCUUCUCCACUCUGCUCCCGUGCCCUCCUGAGUCUCUUCAAAGCCCUCUUGGCUCUCUGAAAAGAGAUGCUGUCUGGGCUCAUGGGUUAGAUAGGUCUUCUGGGAUGUUGAGAUGGCUCAGCCGUUAAAGGCUAGGCUCAGAACCAAAACACCAAGCCUUCUGCCAGCACUAGAUUCCCAAUUCUGCCCACUCUCUCUCUAAUAGCCCACCCUACUCCUACCCCUUAAGGGCUAUCACUGCUCCUGCACACAGAAGAUGCCAGGCAAGGCUGUUUGGAGGAGAUAGCUGAGGGAUACCUGUCUGUGUGUCUGCUCAGAGUUAGCGCUCUCUCUCUCUCUCUCUCUCUCUCUCUCUCUCUCUCUCUCUCUCUCUCUCAUUUACUUGUUUUUACUUUAUGUGCACGUGGUACUUUGCCUGCACAUAUAUCUAUGUGAGGGUGUCAGAUCCCCUGGAACUGGAGUCACUGACAGUUGUGAUCUGCUAUGUGGGUGUUGGGACUCGAACCCAGGUCCUCUGGAAGAGCAGUGCUCUUAACUGCUAAACCAUCUCUCUAGAUCCUGAGUUUUGUUUUUGUUUGUUUGUUUUUAGUUUUUAUGUGUAUAGGCGUUUUGUCUGCAUGUAUGUCCUGUAGAGGUCAAAAGAACCGUCAGAUCCCCUGGGACUGGAGUUACAGACAGCUUUGAGCUGCCAUGAGGGUGCCUGGAAUUGAACCCUGUCCUCUACAAGAGCAUCCAGAGCUCUUAACUGAUGAGUCAUCUUGAGUGCAGUAACGGGAAGAGAGGUGGAGUGUAGGAGAGGAGAGCAAUCUGAAACUGACUUGGACAAUCAGUAGAGACUACUCGCUACCUUCAGACCAACCUGCUCAGAGCUCUGAAAGAGACUGCACUUCCUCCCUGGGCAAAAGGCUAGGUCUCUACCAUUAUCAUCUGUACCCCAUUCUGCCUAUUCCGGGCACCCCAAGCCCAUUAGCUGCAUAAUUAUGGAAUUGGGUUAGUAAGCAUUGACAGAGGCUGGCAGGGUGGGACAGGAGGGGGUGGUGGUGCUGGCACAGUAUUUGUACUCGGUGACCAUGGCUGGAGGGAUGGUCUCUGAUCCUAUGGCUCUUUGCAGAACAAACAGUUGCCUCUGACUUUUCAUUGGCUACUUCCUCUUUCCCCCGGGGGGCCCUUUAGCUGACAGAUGGCACAGUUCCAACUCAGUGUCAUAGUCCCGGGGUUUAUGCUAGCUUCAACUGAGUCCCUGCACCCUUAAGAUGGGGGCUGCUGGCUCCCCUCUCCUUCCUGGGCUGGCCAAGGGCGGGAGAAUAAGAAGUCAGCUCCUCCCUCCCUCUGCUUCCUGGCCUUGCCUUAGGCUCUUGGCAGCCUCUUCCUCCCAGCUCAGUUCCAAAGAGCACACAGGAGCCUGCCUGGCCGCCUUCCUGAAAGGAAGUGGCCCAGACAAGUAGCCGGGAGGAUGGCGUGACUGCAGAAGACACUGAGCCCUGCCUGAGCAUCCACAUGUGAACGCCCAGCUGACCAGCAGCACACCAGGAGGACACAGACACUUAGUGCCCACGGAGUGGGAGCCUCUCCUGGAAGAGUAAUCAGGAUGACUUCCUACAAUCCCUGACAAAGAGUAGCAGCUGUCUCCAGGCCCCACCUUCUGUGGCUCCACGCUGCACUCACUCCACCCUACUUCUAGGCCUGUUGAUGGCCCUGUUUACGUGGUCUGAGGAACGGCCUCCACCUUCAUUCAAAAUACAGACUACGCAUGCGCUGUCGGACUCUGCAGCCAUUUCCGCACUACUUCCUAUUGUCCAGAUUCUGGAAUACAGGGGCUGCCUACAGCGGGCCUCAACCACUAAGAUAGUGUCUUAACUAAGACUGGGCCUCAAUCACGAAGACUAAACUCCCCAGACAGGGUUUAAACAUGGCUCUGGCACACCGUAUCGGCCUCAACAGUUAGCUUGCUCCUAAACGGAGUCAUUCCUACUUCAGGGCUGAAGUGAGAAACCAUGAGGCUAGACGGUCCGUUACUUCCUGGAAACCGCAUUAUUGGUCUCCCCACGGGGAGAGGUGUGCGGGUCUCUUUGCCCCGUCAGAUCCACACUGCUGGGCUCUGUUUCCCCUGAUGCCUCAAGAAACUUUUGUUUUUCCUUCUGAAUGGAGGAGAAUGAUAGAGUUCACACACCUUAAUGCUGCUGGUCACGUGUGGACACCAGAAAUGCGGCUAGUUGGAACUGAGAUGUGUAUGGUUUCGAUGGUUAUUUGAGAUUGUAUUAGGUUAAAUAAGAUAUGAAACUAGUUUCGUCUGACUUUUUUUUUUUUUUUUUUUUUUUUGACAUAGGGUCUCAUGUAACCCAGGCUUUGAAGUAGAUACGAUGCAGAGAGACGACCUUGAGUUUUUGAUCCUGUCUCCACCUCUCAUGAGGGAUAGAGACUGAACCCAGAGGGUCGUGCAUGCUAGAACCACUGUACAAGCUGAGCUACACCCCAGCUCAUCUCUUUUUCCUUUUUAGACAUGGAUGCCAGUAAAUGAAAAAUAUGGGGCUGGAGAGAUGGCUCAGUGGUUAAGAGAAUUGACUGCUCUUCCCGAAGGCCAGGGUUCAAUCCCCAGCACCCGAAUGACUGCUCACAACAGUCUGUAAUUCGGGUCCCAGGGUACCCCGCACCUUCUCAAAGACAUACAUGCAGGCAAAACACCAAUGCACAUAAAAUAAAAGAAGGAAAUAAAGAAAAGAAAAUGAAAAAUAUAUGAGUUGUCCACAGUUUACUUUUUAAUGCACACACUCACAUACACUUAUACACAUGCACAUAUACUCACACACAUAGGCACACACUGAUACACAAAAGCACAGGCACGUGCAUACACCCACCCCAUUGUGCGCACAUGAGCAUGUGCGUGUGCGUGUGCAUGUGCAUGCGUGCGCCAGUUCCACAGAAUGUAUGUGAAGGCUGGAAGAAAACUCUCAAGCUUGGCACCAAGUACGGUUACUUGCUGAGCCAUCUUGCUAGCCCCACGCUCUAUUGUUAUGGUGGUAAUGAUUUCAUGGCUUUUCCAAAUCCACUCAGACCCAGAGCUCAGUAUUUUGCUUUUGGUGCUCCCUGUUGGUUGGUGUUCCACAGCUCUUAAGGUGGAAGCUUGCCCCAUAGCGACUGGGCGUCUUCCAACUUGAGGUGUAUGCAGCCUCUGUGCUCUGAGCCAGCUUCGGUCCCCAAGGUGCCUCUCACCUCCCUCUUCUCUUCUGCCUUCCUUUUUCAGUUGCCUUGCUUUUCAUUUCCUCCCAUAAUGUCUGUCUGUCUGUCUGCCCAUCUGUCUGCCUGUCUGCAUGUCUAUCUGUCUGUCUGCCUGCCUGUCUGUCUGUCUCUUGUUUCUUUUCAUUUUUUUUUUCAGACAGUGUUUCUUUGUGUGUAGCCCUGGCUGUUCUGGAUCUCAAUUUGAAAACCAGGCUGCCCUGGAACUCACAGAGAUCCUCCUGCCUCUGUCUCCCGAGUACUGGGAUUAAAGGUGUGCUACCAUGCCCAUUCUCCUCCUAUCAUUUUAGGCAGGGAGAAUCACAUGUGGUCCAGCAUCUUUGGGUGCCGACUCUUCUCCCUCCCUGCCUGGCUUUGCACACUCUCUGCAAAGAGUUGAAAUCUCCAUGUGCACAAGGAUCAAUCACCCUCCCAGAAGGACUGUCCUCUUCCCAGGUGCUUCAUCCUCCGUGCAAAUGCCCCAGCUCAGUUUGUAGCACACAUUCAGAGGGACAGGCUAACAGCCUCGCAGCAGCUCUGAGAAUUCCCACUGGUGUGGGGACUUUAGGAUGGUUGACUCCUUCCACACCAGUCCCUUCCUGAUUUCCCAUACGUCUCUCUGCUCUGACUAACCCACCAGCCUGUGCAGAUAAACUCGAAAGACUUGUAUGUCCAGAGGUGGUGAUCUCCCACCUCCACCACAACAGAUAGGGGCCCGGGGACAUAGAUGCCCCGGAAGAAAAGUGGGCACAGAAAGAGACACAUUCUUGCCCACUCAGGCCCCCACUGAGACACACACACAGGACCACUCACGCUCCCAUUCACUCCGCCACACCACCACCCAGGCCUUCCUGUGGCUUUGAGUGCCUCCCCUCAUGGGUACUCCCUCGUCCUCCCUCAUGUCGCUGAGGUCCCCACACUCCAGUCUUUCCCCUCCGGCCACAUGCAGCUCAGUCUAUGGAAGUCUUGGAGACAGUUAGAAACAGGAUUGAAAAGCUGAACGGAGGAGAAAAAUCCAUCAUCUUUAGGUUACAGCCCAUCCAUCCAGGAGAUGAUGGGGCUCCAGGUCCUUCCCCAAAGGGACUCAGAUUCCAAAAGGACAGCAAGAGUAAAAAAUCAAAACCAAACCUUCUUUCCCUGUAGAUUUUUUCUACUUGGAUUUGAUGGAAACAUCGGCUCCAGGAGGAUAGUCUUCCCCAUAAAGAUGAACGGGAAGUCCACACAGCAGAGCUGUGUUAGCACACAGGGGACAGUGAGGGUCUUGGGAACAGGGCCUGGCAUCUGUAUUUAAGGCGGCAAUGAUGUCAGCGGAAAGGAGGGCUUGGGUUCAGAGUGUGAUACAAUGCUCUCUUUGUUGUCCCCCUUCCCUGCUGCUCUGUACACACACUUAGAGCACAUACCAGCCCUCACCAUGUGAUGGCCGCCGAGGAGUGCUGCACACAAGGCCUACCACAAGACGCACAUGCUCAUGCAUAUAUCCACAUGUGAACAUGCGUGUGCAUGCAGACGCCCGUGUAGAUUUGCAUAUGCACAGUGAGAGGCGCUCUUCGCUCCUUUGCCUGGAGCUUGCUUCCUUCAGCCCUUUUGCAGUUAGUGAAAGUGAUUGCAGUAGUAAAAGUGAGGAUUGCAGUCCUUUAUCACGGAGCCACAUUUUAAGGGCUCAACUACCUGUCACGUCAGGAAACUGUCGUUUGUUCUCCUUCCUCUCACCUUCACCUUCACCUUUCCACAGCUCUGUACUCUGUACUCACAUCCUCCAGAGGACCUCUAUCACCAUCUUGUCUCUCCCUAGUACCUAUGAAGACUGUGCCCAGCCCUGCACAGAAUUUCCAGGCCUUGACACUAGAAAGAACAUGGUGGACCAUGACCACAGGGGCCUGUAACGUCUGGGUAAGGGGCUAGCAGUGUGUUGGGACCUCAGAGGGCUGAGGUCAGCUUGGGCUUGUGUGUGUGUGUGUGUGUGUGUGUGUGUGUGUGUGUGUGUGUGUGUGUGUAUGUGAAUUUAUAUUAUAUAUAAUAUAUGUGUAUAUAUAUUAUAUAUAUAAAUUGUAAUCAUGCCUAUUGACUGAGAUGACAGAUGUAGGCCCUGGAGGAGACAAUAAGCUUAGACAAGUGAGUAGUGGCCAGGUACAGCUCAGAUGCUGAGUUCAGAAGGAUGGACCCUGUGAGGAUGGGAAGAGAUAGGGUCUAAGCCAGGAAGAGCCUCAAGACUGGGGAUGCCUGGGGAGAAAGGUAUCACCCAAUCACUGCAUCAAUCAAUGGGUCUAUCAGGACCACGCAAUUUUGGGUAAUUUGUGUCUAAAUAGAUCUUCAUUUAUACUCCUCAACUUCUUUUCCUCUCUAGAUAAAUUUUCUUUUUACAUUGCCCUCAUGUAAAGUGCUAGUAAUAAAUUAUUAAAGGUCAUAAUUAACAGUCUCGAGUACUCAGUGGCAGUAAGAUCGUGUCCAGUGGACACUGCAGUAGAUUAGUUGGUCUCUCUGGUAGCACAAGAAAGGGAAGCUACAAGUAGUCUGUGCCUUCCUUUCAAAUUUGAGACCUGACCCCCUGAAUGGGGUCACCUGUGUCCUUAUGUUUAGUGUCCGGUUCAGUGCAGACUCCUGCCUGCUGGAUUCUCAGACCUUCCACUAUGUCCCCAUUCUCUGAGAUGUGGGGGACAGUCAGUUACCACUCUCCUAGGGCCUCAGAUUCUCAGACCGGCAGAGGAAGGGAGGGAAGGAGGGAGGGGGGAAAAGGAGGAAAAAGAAGCAAAAAGUUGUAGAGAUAAAGGCAAAGGGAAGAAGAGGCAGGAGGAAGGGUGGCAUGAUUCCACAGGCCCCCUGCACCGAGCCAGCACGCUCUCUGGGCACGCCGAAGACCAGGAGUGACCCACGCACCUCUGUGGUGUGGGGUCCUGUCCUUUCUGGUGACACACUGGAAGUUCCUUCACCACAGCUCUCUAAGAGCCCCCAGGAGAUCCCUUUGGGAGCUGGGCACCUCCCUCUGGUGAGAGCAAGAGUGACCUCAGAACAUUCUUACCCUCCUGGUGGCACUCCAGCCUCAAAAGGCCCCUUCUAUAUCAAAUCACUUGUUUCUUUGGGCAAGAGAUGGGGAGAAGCCAACUACCCCUCCAUGCUUGACCAGGGAGAAACCUGGUCCUCCAUGACUCAGUCCCUGUUCCCUCCCUCUGGAUCCUUUUGAGAGUCCCUGAGCCUCUCAGGACCCAUAGGCAACACCUCGCCAGGCCUCAGGUCUACAUCAUGGAAGAGUGAUACACCAUUAGGAUUCUGGCCUGAGGUAUGGGUGGUCCGGGAUUUGAAGUGCGUGCGAGUUUGCCCGUGAUGCUGUGCGUCUGGUAUUGAACUGUGGUGGAGACUUGGGGGACUUGGGGAUGUGCAAAGAGGACUUGAAAGGGGAAAAGGUAAAAGAGGCAAGAAAAAUGGGUCUAAGGCGUAAGAAAGGCAAGAGGAAGGCAACGGCAUCUGGAUGAGAAGUGGGGGGAGAGAUAAAGGGUGAUGGUAGAAGACAAGCUCCCUGCCUCACACAUCCCAAAGCCUCUCCCUGGAUCCCCACCUCCCCAAGUUCCAGGAAGGAAAUUCAGAGACCACUGAACAUGCGUUGGGUCAUUUCCACAUGCUUUAUUCCAGCAAUCAAAAUAAUUAAAAACAUCUCAAAUUAUUAUACACAUACAAAAUAGGUACAGAGUCUCUUGCUUCCUCCCACCCCAGGGAUAAAAACUGCUUUGUGCUUUGGAAAAUGGUGCUCUGAAACCCUGAUGCAGGACAGAGAGAGAGAGAAGCUGAGGGUAGGGAGCAGCAGCAAGAGGGGAGGGUUUCAGAAGAGAGAGAGAUCAUCAGAUAGGCCCAGGAGCUGGAAGAGUGAAGAGGGGGGUAGAGAGAGAGCAGGCUGGAGUUGGCA